GCGGGAGGGGCAAAGGGCUUGGAGAGCUGGGUUAAAGUUGGAGGAGCUGCAGAGGGACACGAGAGCUGAGAAGAAGGUUUGGACUUUGUACAGUUUGUGUGUGUGUGUGUAUAUAAGUCAUGGAAGUGGAGCAUUUAAGCGGCGGAGAGGUCAAACCCGAGCGGGGCAACGGCCGUCGCUACAGGAUAGCGUUUAUCGUGUGUGCGUUGCUCUGUGGGGCUCUUCUACUUGCACUCAUACUGGUUUCCCAAAGAAGCAAGCAGCAAGAGUUCUGUCUGACUCCAGAGUGCAUCGAAGCAGCGGGAUCUAUUCUGAGUAAAAUGGAUCGGUCCAUUGAUCCCUGCGAGGACUUCUACACUUACUCCUGUGGCGGCUGGCUGAAGGACAAUGCCAUUCCCGAGGAGUCGUCCUCGUAUGGCAUCUACCCCUGGCUCAGGCAGCAUGUUGACAUGCGACUCAAAGAGUUACUUGAAACUCCGACUGACGCAAACGAGCUGGAGGCUGUGACCAAGGCCAAGAUCCUCUACCGGUCCUGUAUGAACGAGACGUUACUGGAAGAGAUGGACGGCAAGCCCAUGCUGAAGACACUCAAGCAGCCUGAGUUUCGCUGGCCCGUGGUGGGCGACGGCCUUGGCGGUGACUUCCGGUGGUCCGAGGAGGAGUGGAGUCUGUUGAGGACUCUGGCCGAGAUGAGGAACCAGCACAGCAAGAGCGUCCUGAUCCGCCUCUACGUCUCCCCCGAUGACAAGAACUCCUCCAGAUACAUCAUCAAGCUGGAUCAGGCCUCCUUGUCUCUGACCUCGAGGGAGGACUACACAACCAACACCUCAGCUGCGCAGAUGUAUCGUGCAGCCUUGUUGAGUCUCAUGGUGGACACGGCCGUCAUGUUGGGCGCUCCCAAGACGAUGACAACGAGGGUCCAGAUGGAAAAAGCGCUGGACUUUGAGACCAAACUGGCUCAUAUCCUGAUUCCCUAUGAGAACCGCACCAGUGAGAACAUGUACAACAGGUACACGCUGUCCCGGCUGCAGCGCCACAUGCCACAGUUGGACUGGUUGGGCUUUGUCAAGUCUGUGGUGGAGUCCAACAGCGACGUGGCUCGCUCCGUCUCCUCCUCGGAGCCUGUCAUUGUACGAGUGCCGCAGUACUUCAGGGAACUUGUCAAGCUCAUUAACGCCACGGAUUCCAGGACCGUCGCUAACUAUGUACAGUGGAGAACUGUUUUUUCCAGGAUCACCACCCUCAGCCGCCGUUUCCUCUACAGAUACCUGGACUUUGCUCGGGUAACCACGGGAACCACGUCUCUGACCCCGCGCUGGGACAAGUGCGUCAACUAUGUGGAGAACUCGCUCGUCUACGCCACGGGCCGCCUCUUUGUCGACACCCACUUUCAGGAGGACAAGAAACACAUGAUGGACGAGCUGAUCGACGGCGUUCGCUGGGCGUUCAUCGACAUGCUGCAGAAGGAGAACGAGUGGAUGGACGACUCGACCAAGGCGAGAGCCGUAGAAAAGGCUCACGCCGUCCUGGCUAAAGUCGGCUACCCCGAAUUCAUUCUGAAUGACACCUACCUCAAUGACGACUUAAACCAGCUAGAGUUCCUCGAGACGGACUACUACGGCAACGUCAUGCAGACGCUGAAGUUCAUCGCUCAGUCCGACGUGGCCUGGCUUCGUAAGAGGGUCCCGCGUACUGAGUGGUUCACAAACCCGACAACAGUCAACGCCUUCUACAGCUCAUCCACCAACCAGAUUAGAUUCCCAGCUGGUGAGCUCCAGAAACCUUUCUUUUGGGGUAACGAGUACCCAAGGUCUUUGAGUUACGGCGCCAUCGGUGUGAUUGUCGGACACGAGCUGACGCACGGUUUCGACAACAACGGCCGCAAAUAUGACAAGGACGGCAAUUUGGACCAAUGGUGGAGCAACUCCUCUGUGAUGGCCUUCACCGACAAGACUCAGUGUAUGGUGGAGCAGUACAACGACUACCACUGGGAGGAGGCGGGAUUGAACGUGCGGGGAAAGAGGACGCUAGCAGAGAACAUCGCAGACAACGGAGGAAUAAGACAAGCUUUCAGGGCUUACAGGCGGUGGGUGGACGAGAGCCGAGGCGGCACAGAAGAGCCUCUGCUUCCCGGAGUCGGAUUGAACAACAACCAGCUGUUCUUCUUGAGCUACGCGCAUGUCAGGUGUAACUCGUAUAGACCGGAGGCGGCCAGGGACCAGAUACAGAGUGGAGCUCACAGUCCACCGAAGUACAGGGUUGUCGGAGCGAUGAGCAACUUCCCAGAGUUCGGCAAGGCCUUCAGCUGCCCUGAGUUGUCAGUCAUGAACAGAGGCGCACAGUCCUGCCGGGUGUGGUGACCCUCGACCUCAAGCCCAACCGGGCUGUCCGAGCCAUCGGCUGACCGAGAGGCGGAGCACGCUGGCGCCCCGAGUGGAAGUGGAAGGAGCAGCAGUGGUUUAUCCACAGACAUGUUUGGGUUUGUACGAGCAGAAUGUUGUAGAGAGUGAACUUAUUGGUGGAGACCUUCCAUCAGGGGAAGAAGAUGUCUAACUGAAGCUUUGGAUGAUGGAACGUCUUAAUUGAAUAAACAUUUUUAUCCCUCAGUGGCGCUACUAUCUAAUAAUUGUUACUUUCUUCUUCAAUUUAGCAUUUUAUACAGUAUGUUUGCCAAUCAGAGUUUGCGGAAUAAUGAAUAAUGAUAAUACUAUAAUAAGAAUAAUAUUACAAAUAUUUUUAAUGUCAUAAGUUUGUUACUUUUAUAAAGAGAUUGCAUGCACAAAAAUCCCAAAAUUGCAGCAGACAUCCAGAUGUUGCUAUGGGAACCGUCUCAGCAGCCCUAGUGCCUCUAUUUUGUAAGUGUAAGUGAACUUAAAGCACAUGUCAGGGACAUUUUAUGAACGAUUUUAUAGACAUUUCUAUUAGAGUCUGAAUGAAAACAUGGGAUUAGUGAGCCGAUUGUCUUGUGUGGUUAUUGAUUUCUGACCCACUGUCACACUCCACUUGAUGCCAGCAGUUGCCGUGGCAACCCAUUGUGUUUUCUCUCCCAUCGGGGUGAUCUUGAAUGUGAUUGUUUGUGUGUCUCUCUGUGUGGCGGGAUAGAGGGGGGCCAUGAAUGACAUAUAUCUGCGGCAACCCUGGCGGGACUGGCAUCGAUACACACUAAUUAGAAAAACAGUCCCCCUCUCUCCAAGGAUGUGUGUAAAUGAGAUGGACAGUAAUGAGGCGAGAUCUGCUCUUACGAGGUGUGUAAGCAACACACACGCAUACACUCGCAAGCCCCUGGUAGCCAUUGUGUCAGAUGCUCAUUAGCAACAUGUUAAAUCUGCUUUUAUUGCACCGUGGACAGCUACAAACCAGGAAGUUUACUGGUGUUUUUUCUCUAUUAUAUUUAGUUAGCUAGCAUACACAGCAACAGAUCUGAUCCUUUCUUUGUUAUAUAUUUGCAUUGCUGCUUGUUGCUAUGCAGGAUUCAUGAGGCACAACCCAUAUAAAAAGGCACACACUUUCUGUUUUGUGUGCAACCUUUGAGCAGAAAAUAGAAGAAAGGAGAGGGAGAGUUGGCAUGAACAGCAAGUCAGACAUAAAUAUAUAAGGCAUGCAAAUGAGUUGUUCCACGUGAUUUCUUACUUGAUAACGAAUGUGAAUAUUGGCAAUAAAAGUAAUUGUGACAAGCUUUUUUAGCCACAGCACCAUCUUCUGGAAACAAAACAGAAAAAAGGACAGGGAGGGUUGGCAGUGAGACAUUAGUCCAAAAGCAUCACUUUCAAGACAAAAAUGCAUGCAAAUUAGUUUUUCAAGUGACUCCUUACUUGAGAAAAAAUCUGAAUACUGGCUAUAAAGCAAAUUUUUUUGCCACAGCGCCCUCUGGCAGUUAAGACUCCUCCAGUGACGCUUCACAUUUUCAUGUCUCUUUCUGUUUAUCUCUGCUGUUUCUGGCCCUUUACUGUAAUCUAAUCUUGACUUUAUCCUCUCGUUGACCCCGUCCUUACCGCUCUGCAUCCUUCCAGGCCUGGGAGUUUAUGUCCAGAUGUCGUUUAGAAAUGAUAAAUAUGCUGAAAGAUGCAAAUGUAGAGCCAGAAUAUGAAGAUUUAGAUGUUUUAUGUGGACAGCAGUUCCAGUGACUAAUUUAAAGGAUCAUAUUUGUUGCAUAAGUGGUACACAUCCCAUGUGGCAGGCAUGUUUAGAGGAAAAGUUCCUUUUAGAAGGAGCCAGACUGGAGAUGGAUGACUCCAUAAAUAAUGCGAGAGAGAAAUGAGGGGCCUCUUUAUUAAUGAAUGGUCUUCGCCAAAAAUGUAUAGAUCAAGAGCCUUUCAGUCCAUAUGGCUUUUUUAUAAAUAAUACAGGAACGAUGUCACACACUUCCCCCUCAUCUUAUGUGAAGAGAAAAUAGCAGCGAGGCUUUAUUCUGUUUCCUAUAAAUCUUUGAGCCUCACUAAUUAUGACUUUUGUUAUCAGAGACUGCCCCCAAGGCCCUCGCCCGUCUUUUCAUUUCCUUUCCUGUGCUUCCUUCCUUGCCUCCCUGAGGAGACACUUACUCAUUCGCCCUCCUCACUGGGCUCCUAAUGAGUAUUAACUGCUAAUUGGGGUUUAAUCGAAUAAUGGAUUAGAACAUGCAUAAACACAGGAAUGUCACGUUUAUCUGCCAGUUGGUCUUCAUUGUUUGUGUGUGACUGUGUGUGGCCUUUUCUUACCAUUCUGCUUUUUGGUGACUCUAUUUGAGGACUUCCCAGGCAUCCCCAGAAUCUUUAGAUGCAUUUUUUUUUUAGAUCUAGUAAAGCCAAACUCUGUUAAAUUCUGCACAUACUAAGAAAUAAUGCUCAAUUUUGUUAGUAAAUUAAGAAUAUGUGUAUUAUUUUGCAUUGGUGUACAAAUGCAUGCCUUAUUUUC